CCCGCCCCCGCAGGCCCCGCACAAUCCCGCACACCCCGACCUCCUCCUCCUCCUCCUCCUGCACGCCGGGGCCUCCCGCCUCCAACGCCUGCGGCCCGAUCUCCUCGGACCGACCAAGUUUGAGCCCCGAGGUUCGCCAUAGCGCGGGGGGGAGGAGGAGGAGGCGGAGGAGGAAAAGAAGGAGGAGCUGCUGCUGCUGCUGCUGCGCGGGAAUCUGGAGCUGCCGGGCGGGGGUCAGGGGUCAGGGGUGGCGGUGGGGCAUGGCUCCCCUGAUGCUGCUGGCGACGGGCCUCCUCCUCGGCGCCUACGUCCUCCUCUACUACAAUUUCAUCCAAGCCGCCAGGUGCACCAGCCCCACCCUCCUCGGCGGCAGGACCGCCCUCGUCACAGGAAGCAAUGCGGGCAUCGGGAAGAUGAUCGCGCUGGCGCUGGCCCGGAGGGGGGCACGUGUCAUCCUGGCCUGUCGCAGCAAGGAGCGGGCCGAGGCCGCCGUGUACGACAUCCGCAAGGAGACGGGGAACCAGGAGGUGAUCUUCAUGAGGCUGGACCUGGCCGACCUGCAGUCAGUGCGCGCCUUUGCCGGGGCCUUUCUCAACUCGGAGCCGCGGCUCGACAUCCUCGUCCAUAACGCCGGGAUCAGCUCCUCAGGAAAAUCCAGGGAGAAGUUCAACCUGCUACUCCGGGUGAACCACGUCGGCGCCUUCCUGCUGAGCCAGCUGCUGCUAACGCGCCUGCAGGCCUGCGCCCCAAGCCGGGUGGUGGUGGUGGCCUCGGCCGCCUACCGCCGUGGCCGACUGGACUUUGCCCGCCUGGACCAGCCCGUGGCGGGCUGGAGGCGGGAGCUCCGGGCCUAUGCCGACAGCAAGCUGGCCAACGUGCUGUAUGUGCGAGAGCUGGCCACCCGCCUCGAGGGGACUGGGGUCACUUGCUACGCUGCCCACCCAGGGCCCGUGAACUCGGAGCUGUACCUCCGCCACGUGCCCGGCUGGUUGCGCCUGCUGCUGAUCCCGCUGGCCUGGCUGCUGCUGCGGGACCCCGCGGCGGGCGCCCAGACGCCGGUGCACUGUGCCGUGCAAGAGGGCAUCGAGCCACUCAGCGGCCGCUACUUCUCCGACUGCUGCGUGGAGGAGGUUCGGCCCCACGGCCGCGACGACGCUGCCGCCCUUCGCCUGUGGGAGGCCAGUGAGAGGCUGGCGGGGCUGGCGGCCUAAAGGAGUCUAAGGACACUGGACCUGCCACCCUCCCCUUCCAGAGGCCCAAGUGGGGCGGGGGAGGGAGGAGAGGGAAAGGGACCG